AUGCCGAUCCCAACUAUCUGUCUCCCCUCCGGCGUAGAGCUGCCCCGCCUCGCCUUCGGCACCGGCACCGCUCUCUACAAGUCCGACGCCAGCAAGCAGGUCACCAUGGCGCUCGAAGCUGGAUUCAGGUUCAUCGAUAAUGCUGAGGUGUACGAAAACGAGACUUAUGCCGGCGAAGGCAUCGCAUCCUUCCUCAAAACGUCCGGUCUCAAGCGCUCCGAUCUCUACAUCCUGACCAAGGUUGGCAGCGAUGGCAUGAAGGACCUGCAGUCCGCGGUCAAGGUUGAGAUGCAAAAGCUCAAGGUAGACUACCUCGACUCGUACCUGCUCCACUUCCCUCCUCGCGGCAAGGACGGUCUGCCAUCCAAUGUCGACGCAUGGAAGGAGCUGGAGGCGAUCAAGAAGGCGGGUCUCACCAAGAGCAUCGGUGUCAGCAACUGGCUUGCCAGUGACAUUCAGCAGCUCCUCGACGCAGGUCUGUCCGUGCCUGACAUCAACCAGAUCGAGUUCCACCCCUACUGCUAUUCCCACCAGGAGUACACCAAGCUCCUCGCGCUCCAGAAGAAGCACGGCAUUGUGACGAUGACCUACUCAGCCCUGGCACCGUUCUACAAGUCCGCCCUGCCAGAAGACGGACCGCUCAACAAGGCGCUGACUUCGAUCGCGGGCAAGAACGACAAGAGGACCCCUGCCAACGUCCUCCUCCGCUGGGCUCUGCAGAGGUCCGAGGGAAUCAUCACCACGACGACCAACAAGGAGUCGCGCGCAAAGGAGUACCUCGACCAGGUGGACUCGGGCAAUGACCAAGAGCUCAAGCUCAGCGAGGACGAGCUGAAGCAGAUCGACGAGGCAGGCAAGGAGCAUGGUCCGGAGAAGUUCUACAUGGCUCCGUUCCUCAACCCUUGA